CAAAAUGUGCGAUUAUCGUGUAAAUAAGCAUGUCGAGACAUUUAACAAAUAUUUAAAAAAAAAUUAAAAAUCCAACAAAUUUAUGGGAAGCUUUUUGAUAAUUGCAUUAUGUCGCGUCUUCAAACAUUUUCAAGGUCUUGUGAGAGUUUAAAUAGAGAGAAAAAUCACAGAGAAACGUCUGCUUUUGUAAUUAUGACUUACGCACACCGUUAAAGACUCAAUAAAUGUGUUUUUUGCAUUGAGACAAUUUUGAGCUUUAUCAGUCAAGUCUGUCGAGUAAGUCAGUCGAUAUAAACUAUUUGUUGGUACUUGAGUUGUUAUUUUGUUAAUAGACAUUGUCUUAAAGUAUUAAUUACGACUUUGCCAAUUGCACUGCAUGCUCAAGAUUCACUAUAUAAACUAUUUAUUGAAAACGACAGCCACUCAAUAUACAAAUUAAUUAUCAUUGCUGCGUGUACUGCUAGUGGGACAUAACUGCUCAUUGAAAUCAAUCAAAUCUGAUUACAACAAUAUAAAUUUAUAUUCUCCAAUAUAGAGCAUAAAUAAUGGACGAUCACUCACAUCACAUGCAUCAUAAUCAUCAUUCCAUGGAUGUUGUUAGCUCAACAGAGAUGCCACAUGAUCAUGAUCAUAGCAUGCAUUCCGGUCACAAUAUGAUGGAUACAGUAGAUAAUUCAGCGCAUUCAGGACAUCAUGACAUGAUGUCACAUAUGAUGUCAAUGGCUUUCCAUGGCGGAUGCAAUGAGACAAUCUUAUUCACUCAAUGGACGACAAGCAGUUGCUCUGGAUUAGUGGGAUCGAUGAUUGUGAUAUUUAUCCUUGCUGUCUUCUACGAGGGACUCAAAUUCUAUCGGGAACAUUUGUUCUGGAAGGUUUACAAUAACUUACAGUAUCGAGCGGUGACUGAUAAAAAUAACACAAAUGGUGAAGCUGGUGAUAGUCGUGUUGUGCACAUGGUUGGAGAUGUUAUUCAUCGUACUCCACCUACAAUGUUCUCACUCAAUCAUCUACUGCAGUCGUUCCUUCAUUUGAUUCAAGUGACAUUAUCCUUAAUGCUUAUGCUGAUAUUCAUGACAUAUAACUCAUAUCUAUGCCUCUCUGUCGUUUUUGGAGCUAUGGUUGGAUAUUUGUUGUUCGGAUGGAAAAAGUCUGUUAUGUUGGACAUAACAGAACACUGUCAUUGAAUGAUACGUGACAUGCCAAUUGCUAUCUUCCGGCGUGUCCAGAGUCUCAUUAUUAAGUUAUUAAGAAUUUCAUCAUUUUACUACUGCUUUAGCAUAAUCAAAGUUUUACUUCAUCAUUUAUGGAACUGGUUAAGAUUCCUUGUUAGAAUAUGUUUGAACAAAACAAUGAGAUUUGCGUAGUUAGCAUACAAUUACAAUUUUUUUCUAAGAUAAUACAGCCAUUGCAACUAUCUCAAAUCUCAUCGGACCUAAUAUACAUCGCAGAUU